GAAGAAAUGGUGCGACUAGAGGACGUGGCGAAUGUAGUGCUCAGGGUGCCCAGCCUCCUUGUCCUGGACCUGCUCUACAAAUGCGACAUGGAGACUUUCACCCAUCAUCUCAAAGCAAGCAGUGAAGACAUGCUCUUCAAGUACAAAUACAUCCUGUGGAACAUCUACUACCUAGGUAACUUAACAAGCACUGUGAUCCUGUUUUUGCCCCUUGUACACAUAGUCCAGCUUUAUCUGCAUGUUCUUACUGCCCUUCUGCUCUACAUGGGCCAUCAUAUGUCCAGAGAAUAUGUGCUGGUGGAGGGUCAAGAUGGGUUUGAUGCCUCACUCUUCCUGCAUCCCUCUGCUUUGAAUCGUUUUGUGAGGGCACUUACAAGUCAGAUCAUCAUAGCGACACUGUGUGCGUUCCUCAUGCGGACUCGUCGUGUGUGGUUGUUCUCGGCACACUUGCUCCCUCUGUUGGCACGUCUGGGUUCAGUUUCUCAAAACACAGCCCUCACGCUCACCGCCGUUUCCAUGGGGAUAACCGCGGUAGAGGUUGCCAUCUUCCUCCUCAUGAAUCUUUUUGUGCCAUAUAGACUGGCCAGAGCCGCCUACAGAGAGGUAACACAGAUACAGGUGAUUGAUUUGUACGGACUGUUGGCCGUGGGCGUGUCUCUGUGGCACAGAUUUUGUGUGCCAGUGUUGUUCACUGUGUUCUGGUUUGUGAUGUUUGGGGUUCAGCUUUUCUCCAAUGCUGCUACCUACACUGUUAACCAUGAGGGGCUGCUGCUUCACAUUCUGACCAGUGUGUCUGAGUGCUGUGCCAGCCCCUGCUCUCUGCUAGGUUUGACAUUUGUGGUUUCUUAUUUGGCUUUGGGUCUUCUGAAUCUCUGCAAAUUCUGUCUGGGAGGAUUUACAGCCCUACAGAACCACAAUGUCAUGCACAGGGGUGUAACAGAGGGUGUGACUUUGCUACUGCUGGCACUGCAGACUGGCUUGCUGGACAUGCCAGCCCUGCAACGAUGUUUUCUUCUCUUCAUUAUCCUCUUCAUUGUCCUCACUUCCACCCUGCAGAGCAUGAGUGAGAUAACUGAGCCUGUUGUGCUCGGACUCGGGGCUAGCAGAAACAGGUCUGUAUGGAAGCAUGUGCGGGGACUAGGCGUGUGUUUGUUCCUACUGCUGUUCCCGGGCUUCAUGGCUUAUAAGAUUUUCCAGUUCUUCCACAUGGACUUCUGGCUUCUUAUCUUGGUUUCCAGCUGCAUGCUGACUUCACUGCAGGCGACCUGCACCCUGCUGGUCUACUGCUUGUUUAUGGUGGAGGUCUGGCGUAGUACUGCCCUGCCCGGUCUUGAUGAGGUAGUGUAUUACAUAAACGGUGUGUGCCGGGCUCUGGAGUUUACAGUGGCAGUGUGUGUGGUGGCGUACGGGGCGUGGGAGUCCUUGUGGGGUGAGUGGAGCUGGAUAGGGGCAUCGGUCAUCAUCAUUCAUUCCUACUGCAACGUGUGGCUGCGUGCCCAGGUGGGAUGGAGGAGCUUCCUGCUCAGACGGGAAGCUGCACGCAAGAUCAACUCACUUCAACAGGCAAGCGCUCAGCAGCUGCAGGAGCACGGCGAUGUUUGUGCCAUUUGUUUUCAGGAUAUGACAUCAGCUGUGAUAACCCACUGUGGUCAUUUCUUCCAUGGAAGCUGCCUAAGGAAGUGGCUGUAUGUUCAGGAAACAUGCCCCAUGUGUCACAAUCCCAUCAGACCAUCUACAGCCAUGCCAUCACCUCCUGCUGAUGAUACCCAUCCUAAUCCAGCUCAGCCAGAGCCUCACCCACCUCAUCCCGAGCCUCCUCCUGAGCACACCGACACCCAGCAAGAAGAGCGGGACCCCUGUGGAGAUGAAGUUAAUUCAACAGAUGAGGAGUCUGAGACAUCAUCCAGAGAGGACAAUGUACAGAAUCUGAAGUGUGGGUCCAGUGUAGACUCUGAAGGCAUAGACAAUGUUAUGCUUAGCUGUUCAUCUAAAGAAAAUCACUGCACAGAGUCCUGCAGGAACACCGAGCUGAGGACAAGUCAGUCUUGUGAAGAACAUUUAGCAAUAGAUGCUGAAAGAGAGCAAAGAACAGCUAAUGAACUUUAACAUUGCUACGGCCUCUCUGUCUUCCAAUGAAAGCUACAGUAUUUGUCUAUUUAUUUUUGAUGUACUAGUCUGGUACUAAAUAUCAGUAGCAGACCAGUGCUGGCAUCAGAGGAUGCACAUUUUAGGAUCAAUGUUGGCUGAGUUAUGGGUGGGCCCCAUAUCCAAAAUCCUGCAUCAUGUAUCGUUGAAGUCAAAAGUUUGCAUACUGGCAUUCGGGUAGUGCAGCAGUCUGUUGCAUUAGCCCAUUGCUGUUGAGACCCAAGUUUGAGUCCUAGGCCUGAUCAGGUGCCUUACAGACAGCACUGACUGUGUCUAAAGAGAGAAAAGGCUAGAUGGGGUACCACAACAGCGACUCCUAGUGUGUCGUCAAGGUGCCAGCUCAAGCGACAGAGGGAAUGCUUGUACUAUAGUGUGUGUUUUUUUUUUUGUUGCAAAUAAGUUUACAUACACUUGUAAAGAACAUAUGUCAUGAAAUCCAAUGGUUUCUGCAAUGGUUCUUUUUUGAGACUUAAUGAUUACACAUACUUGUUUGUUCAAAACUUAGAAUAAUAAUGGGUGGUGUAGAAAAUUGCAGCACUGCCUCCUAAUUCCUUGUUAGUGUUUUUGAUUAACCACAGAGUCAGACUUAUAUGUGCCCAUAGGAGUAAGCUAGUUUGAUUGCACUCAAUAAAAGUAUUUGGAACUGUGGCGGUUUUCUUUACCACAUUUGGGGAAAAAGCCCUCUUACAUCACGCUAAGAGGAAAUUUGUUCAGGUGGUCAGAUGUAAAUCUUGUAAUAAUACAUUAGAAACUGCUGAAACUUGUUUUGCACAUUGUCUUGGACUUGAGAGCUUUCUUAUUUUUCUUAGAAGAGAUCUUCUCUCGGCAUAAGAUGAAUUUUGUUGUUCCAAAGAACAUUGUCUGUGUACUUUUUAUGGGUUCAGUCCAACUAGCUAAUCUUAUAUGGGCAGUUCUAGUCAGUCAUAAUCACUAAUAAAAACUGGAAGGCCGUGGGCACUUGGUUGCCACCAUAGUCCAAUGGGCUAGCUCACCACCUCUGAGCUCUCAAGUCUCCAAAUAGAAGACAGACAUGACUGGCUGUGUCUGAAGGGAGGAAAUGGUCGAACAGGUUUCUCAUUGCUGUUGCAGUUGCAGCCCUUGGUGGCUGGUCGAGGUGCCUGCACAAGAGAUGGUUGAUUUAUGAUUAGUAGGGCAUGACUCUCUUGCAGGAUCAAACUACGAAACUAAAAUACAAAAUUUUUAAAUCUGAAUUGCUGUAUGUGUGAUCUAUUUAGUCAUAGAAAAAGAAAACAUUGUAAUUCCUGAACUGUCAUUAAAUACAUCAGUUUUGACCUAGAAUGUGUCAUUUUAUUUUCAUUUUGCUUGUUAUAAUUUUAUUAAAAAUUCAACUAUAUUUGCAUACAAACUAAUCAUGUUCCUAGAUAAAUGAAACCUCUUUCUCCUGGGCCAUGUUUCUUUGUCUUUCUCAUCUUUUAGUCAUAUAAUUCAAAUUGUAAAGGUGUGAUUAAUGCAUCUCUACUACUUACAAAGCCAAUAGAAAGGACGGAAAAAUGAAGGACAGUUGGAAGACAACAGAGAGGCCGUAUGCGAAGCUAAAGCUACCAAAAACUUCCACAAUAGUUUUAAAGUGACGUUUUAUUUUGCUGACCAUGUGUUAGGACCUCUUUAUCUCAUAUUUCAUUUGAGUUUAAUGUGAAAAGCUUUAAUGUGACAUUUUGCUGACUUUUAUAAUAAUAUAAUUUU